CAAGUGCAACGUUCACGUGCGUCGCGCGGACAGUGCGUAGGGCCAGGUACCCGGAUGGAGGUUGAACAACAAACUUCAAGAGGAAAAUCCGAGUCGGAAUCAGAAUCGUGUUUAUUGCCAACAUGCCUAAGGCAGGAGAAAGGACCCCUUCCACAACCUCUGUCAACUCUGUGGUCUCAACAGACAGCAAAGACUCCCUGACAGGUUCAGUCUCUGAUACACCCAAGAAAUCAUCAAAGAAGUCCAAGAAAAACAAUGAGAGUAUGAACAAAGUCUAUAACUCUGUACUCCACACUGUUUUUGGGGCGGACAGAGAAUUGGCUCAGGCUGAGUUAGAUGAGCUGCAAGAGGCCUUCAAAGAGUUUGACUACGACCAAGAUGGCUACCUGAACUACAAGGAUGUUGCUGAAUGCAUGAGGACGAUGGGAUACAUGCCCACAGAAAUGGAGCUGCUGGAGAUUGUACAACAGAUUAAGAUGAGAAUGGGUGGACUAAUGGAUUUUGAGGACUUUAUUGAACUGAUGGGACCCAGAAUGAUGGGAGAGACUGCUGACAUGCUGGGACUCAAGGAGCUCCAAUCUGCCUUUGUACAGUUUGACCUGGAUGGAGAUGGAAUGAUCAACCUGGAUGAGAUGAAGGAGGCAGUCAAGACAAUGCUGGGAGAGAAGCUGAAGAAAGGAGAACUGGAGGAGAUCCUGAAGGAGCUGGACAUUAACGCAGAUGGAAACAUUGACUUUGAAGAGUUCGUAAUGAUGCUCUCCAUUCGCUAGCUACUGAAAAGACUGACCAGUGACCACAAGGACAGAAUGCACUAACGCUUCUGAAUCAUUCCACAGAUAGAAAAUACAACUCUUUACCAAAUAUUCACAUUCUGGUAACCAGUGUUUGGUUGCUUGAAUAGUGAGAAUGAUGCUGUGCGGCUUAAAAUAAAGUUCAAGCUGUCAUCGGUAGGUGAAUGUUUUGCCUAUAAAUCAUGUAAAUAAGACUGAAAUGUUUUGCUAUUUUAAUAAAGAAAUCAAAAUCA